GCUGUUUUUAACACAUGUUCUUGUAGCCAUGCUGUUUUUAACACAUGUUCUUGUAGCCAUGCUGUUUUUAACACAUGUUCUUGUAGCCAUGCUGUUUUUAACACAUGUUCUUGUAGCCAUGCUGUUUUUAACACAUGUUCUUGUAGCCAUGCUGUUUUUGACUCAUGUUCUUGUAGCCAUGCUGUUUUUGACUCAUGUUCUUGUAGCCAGGCUGUUUUUGACUCAUGUUCUUGUAGCCAUGCUGUUUUUAACACAUGUUCUUGUAGCCAGGCUGUUUUUGACUCAUGUUCUUGUAGCCAGACUGUUUUUAACACUUGUUCUUGUAGCCAUGCUGUUUUUAACACGUGUUCUUGUAGCCAGGCUGUUUUUAACACAUGUUCUUGUAGUCAUGCUGUUUUUAACACAUGUUCUUGUAGCCAUGCUGUUUUUAACACGUGUUCUUGUAGCCAGGCUGUUUUUAACACGUGUUCUUGUAGCCAGGCUGGUUUUAACACAUGUUCUUGUAGCCAUGCUGUUUUUAACACGUGUUCUUGUAGCCAGGCUGUUUUUAACACAUGUUCUUGUAGCCAUGCUGUUUUUAACACAUGUUCUUGUAGCCAGGCUGUUUUUGACACAUGUUCUUGUAGUCAUGCUGUUUUUGACACAUGUUCUUGUAGCCAGGCUGUUUUGGACACAUGUUCUUGUAGCCAGGCUGUUUUGAACACGUGUUGUAGGCUGCAGUGA